AAAAAUCCCAAAUCUUGGGUUUGGAAUAAACUGUGAAAAUGUUUACCCGGUUAGUUUGUAUCAGUGAUUAUGAACAACAUGCUAAAUCAGUACUUCAGAAGUCUGUAUAUGACUAUUACAGGUCUGGGGCAAAUGAUCAGGAAACAUUGGCUGAUAAUGUUGCAGCAUUUUCCAGAUGGAAGCUGUAUCCGCGGAUGCUCCGGAAUGUUGCUGAAAUAGACCUGUCGACUUCUGUUUUGGGACAGAGGGUCAGCAUGCCAAUAUGCGUUGGAGCUACUGCCAUGCAGUGCAUGGCUCACGUGGAUGGGGAGCUUGCAACUGUGCGAGCCUGCAGGUCACUGGGAACCGGGAUGAUGCUGAGUUCCUGGUCCACUUCCUCAAUUGAAGAAGUGGCAGAGGCCAGUCCCGAGGCACUCCGCUGGCUGCAACUGUACAUCUACAAGGACCGUGAGGUCACCAAGCAGCUAGUGCAGCGGGCAGAACAAAGGGGCUACAAGGCCAUAUUUCUGACAGUGGACACUCCUUACCUCGGGAACCGCUUUGACGAUGUGCGUAAUAGGUUCAAGCUGCCACCUCAACUCAGAAUGAAAAAUUUUGAAACCAAUGAUUUAGCAUUUUCUCCAAAGGAAAAUUUUGGAGACAACAGUGGACUUGCUACAUACGUAUCUAAAGCAAUAGACCCAUCCAUCAGCUGGGAGGAUAUUAAAUGGCUGAGGGGGCUGACAUCACUGCCAAUUGUUGCAAAAGGCAUUUUGAGAGGUGAUGAUGCCAGGGAGGCAGUUAAACAUGGUUUGGAUGGGAUCUUGGUGUCGAAUCACGGGGCUCGACAACUUGAUGGGGUGCCAGCCACCAUUGAUGCCUUGCCAGAAAUCGUGGAGGCUGUGGAAGGGAAGGUGGAAGUCUUCCUGGAUGGGGGUGUUCGGAAAGGCACCGAUGUCCUGAAAGCUCUAGCCCUGGGAGCCAAGGCUGUGUUUGUGGGGAGGCCAAUCAUUUGGGGCUUGGCGUCCCAGGGAGAGAAAGGUGUUCAAGACAUCCUUGAAAUCCUAAAGGAAGAAUUCCGAUUGGCCAUGGCUCUGAGUGGGUGCCAGAACGUGAAAGUCAUCGACAAGACAUUGGUGAGGAAAAAUCCUUUGGCCGUUUCCAAGAUCUGACAGUGCACAAUAUUUUCCCAUCUGUAUUAUUUUUUUUUUUCCGGCAUGUAUUACUUGACAAAGAGACACUGUGCAGAGGGUGACCACAGUCUGCAAUCCCCACUUCAAUACAAAGGGUGUCGUUCUUCUCCAACAAAAUAGCAAUCCCUUUGAGCUCAUUGCUUUUGACUUUUCAAUGGGUGUCCUAGGAACCUUUUAGAAAGAAAUGGACUUGCAUCCUGGAAAUAUAUUAACUGUUAAAAAGAAAACAUUGAAAAUGUGCUUAGACAACGUCAUCCCCUGGCAGGCUAAAGUGCUG